CACAAUGAACAUGCUACCAGGCCAGGCUUUUCUCUUCAUAGGCCGCUCAAGGGACUUUCGAAAGGGAUUGUCCUGUCCACAUCAGCGGACAGUCAUGUGCUGCACUCUGUUACAAGUCAAAGUGCAAAGGAAGUCCCAGCAGACGGCUCGAGCUUCGACAACCAGGCGCUAGCGAGUCUUUAGGAAGGAUGGUUGCAAUGCUCAGAAGGAGUUUUUGCAAAGGAGGCAUCUCAGGUGGAUACGGUAUUCUCCCUCGGACUGAAGCUCAAGAAGCUUAUCCGGCUUACCGUACUUAGUACCCGGUGUUUCCCUUGGAUCAGGCGACGUGUCCGACUGGUUCCAAAAGCAAAUUAGAUCUUGGGUGGGACAGAACACAGGAAAACAAGAAUGCGAUCAAAAGAAGCUGUCAGCAGCCACGCACACUGGUUCUUGUUGUUCCUGCAACCUGCAGCGCCGCGUGGGCAUUUCUAUUCUUCUAUUCUUCUCAUUAUCAAUCAAUCCGACCAUGAGGGUAUUGAGAGGUUUACUUCCGGUCGUGGCGGUGCAACUAGCCUUGCUGCCAUCCUUCUGUUUGGCGGUCGAGGAAACAAGCGAGGAACGAGAGUUAUCAUUUCUACCCAGCACUGACGAAACAGAAGUUCAUGAUGUUCUGUUGGAGAUUUCCGCCGCCACAAGUCAGGAAGACUUUGAGUCUGAUGUGAUUCACGGGAACGUCCGAGGAGGAAGAGAACUUGCUACAUGCUACAGCUAUGAUGACUGCGGCAGCUGUUCUGAACUGUCGCGUUGCCAUUGGUGCGAUCAUGACCAACGUUGCCAUGUCAAGGGCUCCUUUUCGGGUUGCUUAGAGGGCAGUACGUGCUCCAGGGGCGACGAUGACAAGAAGGACGCUUGCUCGCAGCACUCUACUUGUUCUGAUUGCGGAAACUCUCAUAGCUGCCAUUGGUGUGCGCACGACGAUUCCUGUCACAGUAUCGGCAGCAUCUACGGCUGUGUCAAAGGGGUGGAUUGCUACUCGAACGAUCGUUGUCGCCGCAAGGAACCAGAGCCUCUGGCUGCCGAGAAACAGACAUUUACCAACAUGGGAUUCUUUCCAUUGGGUGUUGCGGCAUUCAUUUCCAGUCUUUUACUGUUGUGUGCUUCCUCUUGUUUGUUCUGUGCCUGCAGAACAAGAAAGACACAUGGUAGCGGACAUUAUGAAUUACAGGCAGAGGACGCCGGUUAUGCGCUGUUGACAUGCGAAGAGGAGUCGGCAACAUCAUCAUCCACCGAACCAGAGAAUGAGGUACCACAGGACAAACAACCGGCUCCGGUACCCAAUGUAGAAGAAGCCCUAUCUCCAGAAGAGACCGGUGCCCGCGCCGAGGAAGACCCAGAGAAAAAUUACCAAUCCAUGGAGGUCGAAGAACCACAAUCGCAAGGGCAACAGGAAGCUACUCCUCUGCUCACAGGAGGAGCGCAAGAUAGUUCAGAGGAAAUUUCUCAAAGCCCUACAAAGUGUGCGAGGAGGUUGCUGCAUGUCUGUACUGGUUUCUAUGUCCUGGCGGUAGUAUUCAUUGGAAGUCUCACCUUCGGCGCCAUUCGAUUAUACCCCAAGAUUCCAGAAUACUCGGUCUGCAACGAUUCCGUGGGCUGGUCCAAGCUGUUCGAAAAGAUGGCUACCGGAAAUCUUAUGGUGGACUUUGAGGUUCUCAUGUCCAUUGAAAACGCCAACCAUCUGACCGUUGCACUAGACGAAGGACACGGUCUCUUCAAGUAUGAUGGUACUGUUAUUGGAAGCUAUACAAUUCCUCCAGUAAAAGCGUCCGCCAUGGCCAUCACAGACGUUAUGAUUAUUGCGACACUGCACCCUCCGAGCUGGGAGGCAAUCGCGUUGGCAAAGGAAUAUUACGAUGGAAAAUUGGUGUUGGAAGUAGAUGCCGACGUGGUUGUGAGGACGCCGUUCUUCCUCAACUAUUCACAAGCCGUCUCCGUGAAAGACCAGGCCGUCAACAUCAAUGAAGAAUCGGAUCGUCAUCUGUGCUCCUGCCAAAAGUGGGAUGGCAGCAACAGCACCCUCUUUGUUCAAGUCAAACAUUUCUUGGAUGGAUUGUAGUGGCUUGUGUGCAUGUUUCAAAAAUAGAAAAAGAAUGAAGAAUUAGGCUACGUUUUGCAUUUGAAAGUUUG